GCUGCUCAUGGGUCUCACCAGCCAUGUUGCUGCUCCUCUGCAGGUCGCCCUGCGGCUGGCACGUGCGGGGCGCAAGGGCGCGGAGGCCAGCCUGGCAGGCCUGCAGGCGGCGCUUGAAUCGGGACCCCCUCGCAUAGUCUGCAAACCACAGCCAGAGGCGUAUACCCGCGCGCUGUGCAUUGCGGGCGCGGAUGCUCGGUCGACCCUCUUCUUUGACGACUCCCUGCGCAACAUUGGCGCGGGCAAGGCGGCAGGGCUGGCCACCGUGCUGGUGGGCCGGCAGGAGCGCUGCGAGGGCGCCGACCUGGCGCUGCCGUCCGUCCACGAGCUGCCCGCCGCGGUGCCCAGCCUGUGGCCGUGCGGAGGCCCCGCGGCAGGUCCGCCCGAGGCCGGCUUGGAGGAGCGGGCGUCGCAGCAGCUGCCCAGCGUGCCAGCAUGAGGGGCGGAUGUGCCGCUCCAGAUGGAAAUGACCGCCCUUAGGUACCAUCAUUCUCGACGCUCGCACUAGCACCUAUUUAAUUGACGCAGGCAGGUCACUGCGGCGUGGAUCACUGUAGCAGCAAGGUAUGCCAUCCGAUGGUGCAAGGUGUUACGGCUUGUAGGUGGAUAUUUAGCAGACUGCGCGUUGCUUGAGGUAUCUGUUUGGACAGACCCCGGAAGGUUUUGAAUCCGUGAUGACGUUGCCAGCGGACUCGGCGUGGCCGGUCACGCCAGCUAGGGGCGGCCCACGCCCACGCGGCUCGUCAUCGGUGGGCAGUGCAGCCCGCGCUUGGGUAGCCCUGGGCCAGCCUGAGGCGUGCACGGACCGGCGGCUCCGGAUGCUGCGCCGGCUCCAGCCGGACGCUUCUUGGUCUCAAAUCUGCCCAUUCAUUGACGCAGGCUAACAAGGACUAGUUUGUGCUUGCGGUGUACCUCAUGGCAGUGUUAAACAA